CCCCACCCUGUUGCCCCACUACCUUUCCUUGCCUUUCCUCCCUCAGAUGGACAGAAUGAAUUUUCUCUCCUUCCUCUUCCUUUGCUUGACUUCGGUUGCCACUGGCAACAAAGCCAAUAAGCACAAGCCAUGGAUCGAGACAGAGUACCAGGGGAUUGUUAUGGAGAACGACAACACCGUGCUGCUGAACCCCCCACUCUUUGCCCUGGACAAAGAUGCUCCACUACACUACGCCGGUGAGAUUUGUGGUUUCCGGGUGCAUAAUGGCCCCUCAGGUUCAGGUUCAGUCCAGUUUGAAGCAGUGGUUCUGGACCGCUCCACUGGCGAGGGUCUGGUUCGUUCCAAGGAGCCUCUGGACUGCGAGAGCCAGCGAGAGCACAGCUUCACCAUCCAGGCCUACGACUGUGGAGAGGGGCCCGAUGGAGUCAACAGCAAGAAAUCCCACAAGGCCACCGUGCAUGUACGAGUGAACGACGUCAAUGAGUUCUCCCCUGUGUUUGUUGAGCGUCGCUACGAGGCUUCAGUCCCAGAGGGGCGUCUGUUUGACCGAAUCGUGCGUGUUGAGGCCCUUGAUGCCGACUGUUCCCCACAGUACAGCCAGAUUUGCUUCUAUGACAUCAUCACUCCCAAUGUGCCCUUCGCUAUUGAUAACGAUGGAAACAUUAAGAAUACUGAGCCGUUGGAUUCAAAGCGUCAGCGUGUUCACACCUUCUGGGUGACCGCUUUCGACUGCGGAAAGAACCGUGCUCAAGCUGAUGCCCAGGUUGUUGUCACUGUCAAGCCGUCCUGCAAACCCGGCUGGAUCGGAUGGACCAAGCGUGUAGAGUAUACACCUGGGUCCGGCAGCAUCCCCCUGUUCCCCAGCUUGCAUUUGGAAACCUGUGAAGAGACCGUGUGGAACAUCCAGGCCACCGUAGAGCUCCAGACCGGCCACAUCGGGAAGGGCUGCGACAGAGACAGCUACUCUGACAGAUCUGUGCGACGACUAUGUGGUGCUGUGAGGGGUGAAGUGGACCUCCUCCCACCUCCAUCGCCUGCAGCCAACUGGACCUCUGCGCUGCCUACGCUCCCCUCAUCCGACUCCUCUCUGGUUUUCUCCUUCAAUGGCUCAAACCACGUUGCUGUGGUGCCUGACUCGGUUGUGUCAGCGUUAUCUGGUGACCAUUUCACCCUCCAGUUGUGGAUGCGAAGAGGGGGCGCCAACAUUCAGGCUGCGACCACUCAAACCAGAGGAAAUCAUAAGGAUGAAGAGACGAUUGUGUGCAGCACUGUUAAGAACGAUGACUCCUUCUCCCACUACUCUCUCUCCGUCCACGGCUGCCGCCUUUCUCUCUUCUACUGGCCCGACGUCUCAGCCGCACGGCCCGUCAAGUUCUUGUGGAAACUGGAGCAGGUGUGCGACAGUGAGUGGCAUCAUCUUUCACUCAGUGUCCAGUUCCCCUCAGUGACCCUGUAUGUCGAUGGUGUGACCUUCGACCCCGCCCUCAUCCAUGACAAUGGAGCCAUCCCCAACCCUGCCCCCCGCCAGAGGAUGUUCAUCGGUGCCUGCUGGGAGAGAGAGAGAGAGAGAGAGAGAGAGAGAGAGAGAUGCAUAUUAGAAGGUGUAUUGGCUGUUAAUGUACAGUAAAUGUUCAUACUGGACUGUCUCUGCUCUUUAGUUAAAUAUGUGGGUGGUUACCAUGGCCUGUUGUCGGGGGUGACGGUGCGUCCUGGCAGUGUGGAGCCUCACAGUGUGGUGGAGUGUCUAUAUGCCUGCAGAGAAGGGCUGGAUUUUGGAGACCUCGAGACUCUGGGCUCUGGCAUGAAGGUACAUGUGAACCCCAGUCAGUCAGUGUUGGUGCUGGAGGGAGACGACAUUGAAAGCUUUAACCGUGCAGUGCAGCAGGUCACCUACAGAAACUCACUACGCUUUGCCACCCCCGGAGUGCGGCCUCUCAAGCUCACUACCUCGCUCAGAUGUUUCAACGAGGAGAGCUGCCUGUCCCUCAAGCAGCUGGAGGGCUACCUGGUGGUCCUCCAGCCUGACGCGCCUCAGAUCUCUCUGUCUGGAGUCGGCCCCCAUCUGGCUCGUCCUGCCCCUGAGUUCGAGGGCCCACGUGGCGUCCCACUUUUCCCAGAGCUCCGGAUCGUCUGUUCACUGUCUCAUGCUGUCAACACGGCUGCUCAGGGGAUGGAGGGUGGAGCUCUAAUGUCCGACGCCGUGGCUCACACCCUGGACGGCUGUGAGGUUCAACCUCUGGGAGAGGAGCUAAGCCCAGAGAGGGAGGAGCUUCUAGUUGACAUGGAUGUUGUGAGAGAGAGGGGCCUGGAAAUCAUCAAUACCACUGCGUAUAUUGCCAUCACAGGUGCGGAAUCCAUCUCUGUAUACGAGGACGUCCUCCGCUCAGUCCGCUACCGACUGGCUAAAGGCUCAGCCCGCUUCGAGAGGCGGUUCCGCUUGUCCUGCUCUGAGAUGAAUGGCAGAUAUACCAGCAAUGAGUUGACUCUGGAGGUGAACUUCCUCCACUCUCUGGACAGCCUGUAUCACCCGUCCCACUUGCUCGCCUCCCAGCAGCAGUUUCUACAUCCAUCCCAUCACUCUGGGGAGCUGAGUGGACACACCUUACCCAAUCCGCACCGCAACUCAGUGGUGCCAGGAGCAGCCACCGUCAUCAUCAUGGUGUGUGUGGGUUUCCUGGUUGUUAUGGUGAUACUCGGCGUUUUCCGAAUUCGCUCCAUCCAUCGCCGUGGGGAAGGUGCCAGGGGUGGAGCGAAGGAGGGUAGCAGCCAAUGGGACGAUUCUGCCCUCACCAUCAUUGUCAACCCAAUGGAGUCCUAUGAGUCUCGUAUGGGCAUCUCUGCUGACACGGAGGGAGAAGGGGAGGAGGAUGAAGAGGUAGCAGAGUCACCUGACGACGCGAGUGAUGACCAGCGAAUCAUCAUCAAGAAGGAGGGGAGAGACGGCAACGCCCGUCGCUACUGAGCCACAUGUAUCUCUGCACCACUUCUCAUGGAAACCACAAACCGGCUUACCAGUCACACACUCCAACACUUUUAUUAUCAACGACUGCUGACACCACUAGUAUAAGGAAUGUAUGCUUACAAACACGAUGCACAACACGUUCACUGUAAU